AUGCUUUUUCUUUCCAUGAUCAUCAUUCUAAGUCAAAGUAUUCCGAUUCCAAUUCCCAUUCGUUUACCAAUACCUAUUCCACUGCCAGUUCCCCUGCCGGUGCCACUGCCGGUGCCUUUACCAUUACCUAUUCCCGUUCGUGACCCGGUGGGUGCGAUUGGUGCUGUUGCCGGAAUUGUGGGUGGACUGGCGAGUGGAUUAGUUGGUGGACUUGCUAGCGGAUUAACUGGUGGAUUAGCGGGAGCAUUGAUUGCAAAGAAGAAGAAGAAAGAACAUGGUGAACAUUAUGAACAUGGUGAGGAGAAACAUAAAGAAAAAGAAAAGAAAAUGAAGGAAAAGAAAAAGAAAGAUGAAAAGAAGAUGAAGAAAAUGAUGAAAAAGGCUAAGAAAAUGUCGAAAAAAGAGAAAAAAGAAAAAGAAAAAGAAAAAAAGAUGAAAGGAGGUUCCAUGCACGGUGGGUAUUCUGAUGAUGAUGGUCAAGGUGAUUUUGACCUCGCAGGUAAUCAGGAUUCAGCUUAUCAAUCGGAGACCGAUCAAAGUGAUAACUCAGGUAUGGAAGGUGAAUCAGAACUUUCCAAUUCUGAUUCUAUUCAUGGUAAUGAUCAAAGUGCUAAUGAUCAAGGUGAUGGACUAUUAGGAUUUAAUGGAGCUCAAAGUGACCACAAUAGUAACGUGAAUAACAAUGCUAACGGUGAUUAUGGUAACUCAAAUCAUGGAACUGAUCAGCAGUUAGUUUCUCAAGAGCAAAAUGUUGAUUCCUCCGGAGAUCAUGGAAUUCCUGGAAAUCAUGGAGGUUCCGAUGAUCAAAGUUCAUUUGGAGGAUCAAAUUUUAAUACUCAAAAUACUCAAAGUGCUCAUGGUUCAUCAUUUGAUCAACAACAAAAUGUUCCCAAUGAACAUGGAGUUUCCAAUGAUCAAGAACUGUCCUCAUUCUCGGGUUCAAAUUCUGGUAACCAAAACAAUAAUAAUAAUCCAACAUCAACAGAUCAACACGAUUCAUCAAGUGAUAAUCAUAAUAUUCCCACUCACAAUGGUACUCCGAAUGAUCAAGAAUUGUCACCGUUUAGUGGAUCAAAUUCUGGAAAAAAUGAUAAUCCAAGUGACCAUGGGUCAGCUAAUCAAGAUUCUUCUCAUGAUCAUCAUCAAGUUAACAACAAUCAAGGAGUUUCUCAUUUUUCCGAUACUUCUAAUCAAGGUUCAUCUAAUGGUCAGUCAAAUGAUCAGUCGAUUUCAUCUGGACAACAUCAAGACUCAUCGAUUCCAAAUAGACAAUCCUCUGAAUCUCAUGGUGAAACAUCUCAUGAUAAUGGAAUGAGCUCAUUCACUGAAAACACUUCAAGUUCAUCAAAUAAUCAAGAAAACCCAAACAAUGAUCAACAAGGAACCAAUCAAAAUGAAGGGAUGAUCGCGUUCACUGAAACUGUUACUAACUCUGAAAAUACUCCAGUUAAUUCAGGAAUCAAUUCAUUAGCCGACGAAGGGACAAUUAGCACUCAAAGUCCAUCGAACGACAAACAAACCCCUUUACAAGGCCAAAAAAGUACUUCGAGUAAUCAAUUAUCGCCGCAAGAAUCUCAAGGAAUCAGUCCGUUCGUCGAAACUGUUUCCACCACGACCAAUAGUCCAACUACUACUCAGGGAAUUCCCUCUAAUCAAAACGAUAAUUUCUCAGUAAAUUCUCAGAAUGAUAAAGAAUUGACUUAUUAUUCUGAUUCUAAUUCUAGUUCUAAUAAUCCAGCGACUGACCAAACGUCCAGUCCACAAAGUGACCAUCGAACUACACUUGAACCUAAUUCUCUUCACGAAUCAAAUGGUUCAGAUGAGAAAAUAAUCCCUCCUAAUCAACAGAAUGAUCUAAGUAGUCAGUCAAAUGAAAAUUGGAACUAAUUGUUUACCGAUUAACCUUCUCAAUCACAAUCAAUGUAACAAUUAACCCUCAAUACUAAUUUUGAGGUGUAAGAAAUUAUAAUUUAUCAAUAUAUUUAUAACGUGUGCCAAUC